CACUUCCCGUCUUGCGCAGAAGCGGCGGCAGCCAACCAUGGCGACUGUGGCGGAGAAAUCAACGAAAGAGCGGCUGCUGUCUGUGUUGGAUGAUUUAGAGGUUUUAUCUCGGGAGCUGAUCGAGAUGCUGGCUCUGUCCAGGGGUCAGAAACUGCCCCAGCCAGGAGAGGAUAGCCAGAUCCUGGAGCUGCUGGUGCAGAGGGACAGGGAGUUCCAGGAGCUGAUGGACGUUGCCCAGCAGCAGGGGAAGGUGCACCAGGAGAUGCAGCUGCUGGAGAAGGAGGUGGAGAAGAGAGACAGCGACGUCCAGCAGCUCCAGAAGCAGCUCAAGGAAGCCGAACACAUCCUGGCCACUGCUGUUUACCAGGCGAAAGAGAAACUCAAAUCCAUUGACAAAGCCAGGAAAGGAAGUAUCUCAUCAGAGGAAAUCAUUAAGUACGCUCACAGAAUCAGUGCCAGCAACGCGGUGUGUGCUCCUCUCAACUGGGUACCAGGUGAUCCACGCCGACCCUAUCCCACUGACCUGGAAAUGCGCAGUGGAAUGCUGGGUCACAUGGCCAACUUGCCAACCAAUGGCGUGAACGGACAUCUGCCAGGUGACGCUCUGGCUGCUGGGAGGUUGCCAGACGUCCUGACACCUCACUACCCCUGGCAGUCCUCUGACGUCUCAGUCGGGAUGCUGCCCCCUCACCAUGGCAACGACUUCGGCCUGGAGCCCCCGGGUCAUAACAAAGAGAACGAGGACGAUGUGGAGGCCAUGUCCACGGAUUCCUCCAGCAGUAGCAGCGACUCUGACUGAAAGACAGAGACUCCAUGUGUGUAUGUGUGAGUGUUUGAGAGGGCACCACUGAUCAUAUACCUUCACCUUUUGGUCAUUUCAAACCCAGCCUAUGGAAGGACAGUAAUGAAGUUCAAGUGCAUUUAGGCCCAUUUUACUCCAGAUUAAGUCACUCUACAUGACAGCCUUGCAGUUCAACUUCUUGUGAGUAUUCGUCUCUUCUGUAGAGGUUCAGGAAUAUUUACGCUGUCAUGGAGAGCUGCUGUUCAGGAGCUCAUUAAUAAAGUUUCAUAUAAAGGCUCUAGUCUUCCAUUAAACUAUCAUUAAUAGUCAGCUAAGGUCUUUAGUUCCCCACUAUCCUCUCUUUUUUCAUUUAUUUCAGUUGUGUAGAAUGAGUCAUUUUGUAAGAGUGGCAUUAUUUAAUUUUUUUUUUAUUGAUUCUUGCAUUGCAUAGAAGUCUACAUUUCAGUUUUAACAUCAUUUUACCAGCCCUGUCUGGACGGCUAAUAACACCAUCAUAUCACCCUCAUGAGUCACUUUGUGAAUCUGUGAAAGGAUGGCCUGGCAGUUGACGGUGCUCCGUGUAACAUUUACACAUGAAUAAAUUAUUAUUUGUUCAUUUUAAGACAGUUUCAUAAUUCAUAAUCCUGCCUGUUUCAAUAAGGUUAUUCUGAGAUGUAUAUGGAAGGUAAUCUGCUGUCUGAGGGAGCUGGUCCUCCACCGUAAACAACACCAAAGCUGUCAGGACUUGAACUAGAGCUGCAAUGAUUAAUUGAUUAGUUGUCAAAUGCUAAAUUAAUCGUCUACUAUUUUGAUAGUCAAUUAAUUGUUUUGAGUCUCCGAAAAAAUGUCCAAAUUCUCUCCAGCUCCUGACAUGUGAAUAUUCUCUGGUUCUUUUAGUCCUCCAUGACAGUAAACUGAAUAUCUUUGGGUUGUGGACUGUUGGUUGGGACAAAAAAAGACAUUUGUAGUGUCAGCUUGGGCUCUGGGAAAACGAUGAUUGACAUUUUUCAACAUUUUCUGACAUUUUUAUGGACCAAACAACUAAAUUGAGUGAGAAUAUAAUCAAUAGUUUAAUCAAUAAUGAAAAUAAUCCUUAGUUGCACCCUAGUUUGAACUGCCAGCAUAUGAAGAAAGGCAUGAGGGAGCGUGUCAGGGUUCUCAGUGCUUUUCAGGUAUUCACUAAAUGUCUUUUAAAGGAACAGUUCCACAUUUUUGGAAAUAUGCUUAUUUGUGUUCUUACUGAGAAUUAAAUGAGAAUAUUGAUAUCACUCUCAUGGCUGUCUGUGAAAUACGAAGCUACAGCUAGCAGCUAGGUAGCUUAGCUUAGGAUAAAGACUGGGAACAGGGGGGAAUGGCUAGUCUGGCUCUGACCAAAGGGAACACAAUUCUCCUGCCAGCAUCUCCAAUUAACACAUUAUAUUUCUUUAUAUUUGAUCAAAGUCCAGAGUUUAAAUAUGCCAAUACGUGAUUUUAUAGGGGUUAUGUGCAGAUGUUUUAUGAUAACAUGUAAUUCCUUCCUGGAAUUUUGUUGUCAAGAAAUAAUCGGGCACAUAACUCUCUGUAAAACUACAACUUGUUGUAUUUACACUUCAGUUUUUAUACAGAUUAAACAAAUGAGAUAUAAAGUGUUAAUUAGUAGUCUUUAGAGGUGCUGGUAGGCAGAUUUUACUACCUUUUGAAGAAAGCAAAGAAGUAUGUUUCUCACAAUGUGGAACUAUUCUUUUAACAGCCUGUAUUUGUACCAGUUUGAGAAUCGAAGUGUUAACAACCCACAGCAAACCAGGACUGCGUAUGUAGUUUGUAAAUUCCCCUAGACUGUAUGCAAAUAACAACAAAAUAAACAAAAGCAAAAGCUAAUAAAGACUUUUUUCUAGACUUUUACAUGAAAGUAAAUAUAAUUGUCCUAAUAUCCUUCAAAAAAAAACCCCGACUGGGCUUAAAGAGAAACCAAAUGCAAAAUGAAACUUCUCUUGCUCUUUGGUGACCAUGUUUGAAUCUGUAUGUGUGACUCCAUGUCUGUCAGUGGUAGCCUAUAUGUUCCUAGUGUAGUGUGAGUGGUUAUAUAUCAAUAUGGACAAAUGCUGUUGAUUUACCUUUGUGUAAAUAAGCUUGUACAUAGUCUGCCUUGUAAAUAAAUACAUUUUGAAUAGAAAC